GCGUCGAUGGUCAGUGCUAAGUGUGACCGGUUCGAAAACGGUUUAUAUUUUUGCUCAUUUGUGAAUAUAGGCAUCAACCAACGACAGCGACAAACGAAUGCAAACAGAAGAAAAAGAAAAAAAAAUGAAGUGGUUUGUGUGCAUCGUACUUUUGGCCAUUGGCAUCGUCGACGCCGAACAGAAUAAGGCAUUCCGUGAACGAGCUGAAAUCUAUUCAAGGCUCACCGAGUGCGACUAUUACAAAACCGACGAAUACAACUACACGCAUUUUGUCGAAUUGAACAGCAUUAAAGAUACACAGCCAACCGGCUAUUAUGCACGCGUUCCGGUUUAUGUGAUCGGUCCCAGAGAUGGACACAUCAUUUUAUCAACAAAAAACACACCGAAUCGUGAUAAAGACGUUGUUUACGAAUUUUUGCUUGGUGGAUAUGGAAACACCAAAACUGUAAUUCGGAAGCGAAUUCAAAAGUAUCCAUUGAAAGAGAGUAUGCAAUUUUCGUCGGUCAUUUCGGAAUUGCGGCCGCUGAAAGUGGUGAUUGAAAUUGCAAAGAAUGGUCACAUUAAAGUUUUCACGGACAAUAAGCCAGAGCCAAUGAUCGAAGCCUUUGAUCCAUUUGUGUCGGAUGUGAAAUACUUGAGUUUUGCAUCGUAUCAAGGCGCUUCAAAUGAAUAUUUGUACAAUUGCAUCUCAGACAAAACCACCGUUGAUACAAGCAACGAUAUCCAAAAGCAACCCGUUGCUGCUCCAACCAACGAUUUGUCACGAGUGUCGCUCGAUACUUUGGUGAGCAAAUGUGAGACGGAAGAAACAUGGGAAUUGGAGUACAAUAAAUUCCAUGAGAUUAAGAGCUUCAAGAAUAGCCAAUCCGAUGGAUAUUUGUUCAAAUUGAACUUCUUCGUUUAUGGACAAAAAGAAGUGCACAUUUUGUUGUCAGCCACCGAAAAGCCGAUCAUCGACCGAGAAUCUGCUUAUGAAAUAGUGAUUGCUGGCUACGGUGGAACACGUCAGGUCAUUCGCAAAACGGUGGAAGGUGACGAUUUAUUCGAACGCGUGCAAUUGAAAGACUUGAUCUCGGAGGAUGAACAAAAACGAGUAUUAAUUCAAAUGACCAAAGAUGGUCAAAUCGAAGUAUUUGUGGGUGAAUUUCAGUAUAAACCGGUUGUGAAAGCAGUCGACCAGCGACCAGUCGAUGUGAAAUACGUGAGCUUUGCAUCGAAUGACGGCGCUCGUGUUCUGUUCUUCUAUAAUUGUGACGAUGAAAAGGCGGCAGCAUCACUUUUACCACCACCACCAGCACACAACUUGUUUGCCGAACCCAUUGAGCAUGAUGAUUUAGUUUUGGAAAAGAAAUGCAAACAUUUGCACGCUUGGGAAGACGUUUACACCACCGCCAUUAAGUUGGACUCAAUUAAAAAUAGCAAACCAGAUGGAUUCCGCGUUCAAUUGGCAUUGUUUGUGAAAGGUGUUCGUGAUGCACAAAUUCUUCUCACCACCGGCAACAGCCUUGACCCAAAGGAUGGCUAUGAAAUUGUAAUUGGCGGUUGGGGCGACUCCAAGCAUUUGAUCCGCAAGCACGGCGACGUUGUGACUAAAGUGAACGAAUUCAAUGUGUUAAAUGAAUUCAAGCCAAUCAAAGUGAUCGUUGAACUGACGGAAGAGGGUGUAUUGCGUGUCUUCACCGAAUCAAAUAAAUCGCGUCCGUUGCUCGAAUUCAAGGAUCCAAAACCGAUUGAUAAUUUGAACACACUUAGUUUUACCGCAUACUAUCGUGAUCUUGAUUUCUACUAUGGCUGUACCGCUUAAUUGCUGCAAUUAUUUUUUUUUUUUAAUUUUGUGAAACAACAUUUGACAUUGUUCGAAGUCGGACAGAGACAGAAAGCUUCUAAAUAUACGAACAAUUUGAAGAGAAAAAAAGCUAAUGAAUUGCUAUUCACUUUUCCCCGAAAAUAGGUCUUUCUUUCGUGGAGUACAUCGAGAUCGGUUGUGUUUUUAUUCAUUUACUGCAUAUGGUGUCAAAGUGGAAGAGGGACUCAACCGAAUGUAAUAAUCCACAAAACACGGCAUCAAGAACAAUGCCAUUGCCACUUUUUACACCUAAUUACAUCCUAUGGUUAUUGUUUUGAUGAGCGUGGUGCCACGCGCUGCUCUGUUUUUAUGUACGUGGAGUGUGUGUUUUUGUUCUUUGAAUCGCAACACUGCCAUUUCAAUGUGUUGCACAGUUCACCUGCUUUGUUUCUUUCAAUGCGCUUAAUUUUUCCGCCGCUGCUGAAGGGAAUUUCUUUGCUUUUCACAUUCGUUUUCCGCGAUCCAGAUAACAAAUGUGUAUGACUUCUUUCGACAUUUUGAACAUAUCGCAACCAUGAAAUUGUUUAAUUGUUAUUACAUUUGCCUAUCUUCCAAUGAAAAUUUACCGCAGCCCUUCCUCCUUAGGUGCUUAUUUUUGUUUCGCAAAGCAGAGAUAAAAAGCCGAAUUCGCAUAAUUAUUUCAAUUAUUUUCGAUUCAAAUUUUUGUUUCCGAAUCAUUUUCAAACAAGCGAACUAUUUCAAAACUCCGCCUUCAUCUUUUAUUCAAAACACGAUACAGUAUGAACACCUCAUUAAAGCAGCUUUCGGUUGACAGGAAAAAAACACGCCAUAUUUCUCACUUGGAACUGAAUCAUUUUGUAUAUUUGAAUAUUUCAUCUUCUGACACAUGUCUUAUCGACACACUUAGCGAAAAUUAAUCAACUUUUUUUUUCGGUCGGGGUGAAGAAAAACACAGAUCGCAACCAUUCACGUAGUGUCCAGAACGUUGAAUUGCGAGAUUAUUUUGUGAGAGAAUAUGUCAUUAAACUCAAAUCUAAAUUGAUAGAGCAUGAAAAUCGCUCAUUAGCCAUGAUCACAGAUAUAUUAUGACCCAAACAAACAUUAUCUAGCUCUAGAAUCACGAAUUUGGCCUCAAAAAUGGCACAAAUUGUAAAAUAUUUCAAUAAAAUGAGCACUUGAAAAAGCAAAAAUAGGUAAAAUGGACGUAAAAAUCGUUGAUAGUGCAAUAUUCACCGAUUUUGUAACUAAUUUUGCCUUUUUUGCCUAUUCAUUGGAAGAUUUCGCGAUCUGUGCCAUUUUUUAUGGCGAAAUUCUGGAUUUUAGAGUCAUUUGGAGGCGAAUUUUUCAUUUUCGUUUUCAUUUCCAAUUCAAAAAAUUAAGCAAAUGAAACUUUUUUCUCUUCAAACUCACUAAAUAUUAUCAAACGCCCUGAUGAUAAAUGAUAAGCUUGGACAAUGGUAGUUUUUUCCCAAUGACAAUCUUCAGUAAAUAUUUUUCGAAAAGAAACAAAACCAAUUAGAAUGAGAUUCAAAGUCAAAUUUUCUGGAGUAUCUCGCUGUUUAUCGGUAUUUUUAAAGCAAAUUCAGGCAUUUAGAGCCAUUUUCAGUUCAAAACUAGCCAGUCGAUGGAUCAAAGUCGAAGAUCCUUGUCAAAAUUUAAUGUUUGCUUAAUCGUAUUGAUCAAUCAGAUUUCUGUAAGAAAAAGUCAGUUAAAUCUGUUGUAAACAAUGUCUCGGUUAAAAUUCGCCAAAUUUUUGUGAAAUUCCAUCAAAAUCCACUGAGUUUACUAAAAAAAAAAUCGUGUCAUUCUGUAUGACUCUCUUGUUCGCACAUAUGUCAAUUGCCACGAAUAAAUUCAUAAGUUUAAUCGUUUAA